CCACCGGAUGCGCUCUGCUCCAUCCUCUCCCUCCAUUCCCCGCCAUUUCCCGUUUGCUUUUUCUUCUUCUUCUCUAUUUUGUCCUUCCUCCAUUUUUAAUUCCUUCCGAAAAAUCCGAGUUCGUUACAGAUCGUUGGAUACAGUCUCCCCUACGUCUCCUUUUCGCCGGAGCUCGGUGGCAAGUGGAUGCUUCUGGUUCAGAGAAUGCAUAAUCCUCCGUGCUCUUUCUAUGGCCUCCAGCUGAAACUCCGGUUCCUCACCGAACAUUGAAAUUCGUUUACGCUCUUCUGUUUCCCGUUUACUCGAUCGACUGAGAUUUCUAGGGUUUUCGGAAUGAACCGAUCUUGGAAAUUUUGACGAGCAUUGAGCUGGUGUCUCUGAUUCCGGACUUGAAUCGCCGAUUCUCAGUGGAGUGAGUGAGUGAGAUCGCUGUCUGAUUUUGCUUUGAUAGGUUCUCGAAGAAAUGUCGGAGGGGACGAGCCUGAUUGAGUCGUCGGAGAACGGAACCGACGUGUCUCAAGAAGAUACGGGCGCAAUGAGGGAGGAGACGCACGACGACGAUAUGAUACUGUCCUGCCAGACAUCGGUGAAUCUCGUGCCGUUCGUCGGCCAGCGAUUCGUCUCUCAGGACGCCGCUUACGAGUUCUACUGCAGCUUCGCCAAGCAGUCCGGGUUCUCGAUUCGCCGCCACCGCACCCGCGGCAAAGACGGCGUCGGCAGGGGAGUCACCCGGCGAGAUUUCACCUGCCACCGCGGUGGUUAUCCUCAGACGAAGCACUUGGAGGAGAGCGGUGGCGGCAGCGGAGGCGGAGGGAAGAUGCAGCGCAACCGCAAGUCGCUGCGCUGCGGGUGCCAAGCCUAUAUGCGCGUUGUCAAACGGGCAGAUUUCGACGUCCCUGAAUGGCGAGUUACAGGUUUCAGCAAUAUCCACAAUCACGAACUCUUGAAAUCUAACGAGCUCUCUCUUCUUCCAGCUUACUGCGCCAUAUCUCCCGAUGACAAGAGCAGGAUUUGUAUGUUUGCCAAAGCUGGGAUGUCGGUUCGUCAGAUGUUAAGGUUGUUGGAGCUGGAGAAAGGCGUGAAGCUUGGUUGUUUGCCGUUUACUGAAGUUGAUGUGAGGAACCUUUUGCAGUCGUUCAGAAAUGUGAACCGUGACAAUGAUGUUGUUGAUCUUCUUGGCAUGUGUAAGAGAAUGAAGGAUGAAGAUCAUAGCUUCAAAUAUGAGUUCAAGAUAGAUGGUAACAAUAGGUUAGAGCAUAUAGCUUGGUCUUAUCCUUCGUCGAUCCAGUUGUACGAGGCGUUUGGAGAUGCAGUAGUUUUCGAUACUACUCACCGGGUGGAGGCUUAUGACAUGCUGCUUGGCAUUUGGCUUGGUAUAGACAAUCAUGGCAUGAUCAGUUUCUUCAGUUGUGUGCUUUUGCGUGAUGAGAAUGUGCAGUCCUUCUCUUGGGCAUUAAAGGCCUUUAGAAGCUUUAUGAAUGGAAAGGCUCCACAGACGAUUUUGACAGACCAGAAUGUGUGGUUGAAGGAAACUAUUGCAAUCGAGAUGCCAGAGACCAGACAUGCCUUCUGCAUCUGGCACAUCGUGGCAAAGUUCUCAGAUUGGUUUUCUGUGUUAUUAGGACCAUGUUAUGAUGAAUGGAAAGCUGAGUUUAUUAGGCUCUUCAACCUUGAAUUUGUGGAAGAUUUUGAGGAAGGAUGGAGGGAAAUGGUCAGUAAGUAUAGGCUUCACACAAAUAAGCACAUUUCCAGCCUGCAUGCUCUGCGUAUGUUUUGGGCUUUGCCCUUCUUGAGACAUCACUUCUUUGCUGGAUUGACAAGUACCUGCCAGUCAGAGUCGAUCAAUGCCUUCAUUCAACGGUUUCUCAGUGCACAGGCUCAACUCGAUCGCUUCGUAGAGAGGGCAUUUGAUGUUGUCGCUUCUAUUGAUAAGCCGGACAUGCAUCGAAAGGUGCAGAAGGUUUUCCUCAAAACGGGUUCGCCAAUAGAAUCACAUGCAGCUGCUGUUCUUACUCCAUAUGCUUUCCAAAAACUCCAAGAUGAGCUUGUAUUAGCUCCACAGUACGCAUCUUUCCCACUUGACGAGUACUGUUUCCAAGUAAGGCAUCACACUGAAUUGAACGGUGGUUUCAAAGUGAUCUUCGAUCCUUGUCAAGAGCACAUCAGCUGCAGCUGUAAUCAGUUUGAUUUCUCCGGGUUUCUCUGUAGGCAUGUCCUACGUGUCCUGUCAUCAAGUAACUGUUUUCACAUACCAGAUCAAUACCUGCCAAUUCGAUGGCGUGUUAAUGCUAUGUCUUCAACAGUGCACUCCGAAAGGAUUCAUUAUCUACAGUCGAUGACCUCAGAACUUGUGGCCGAGUCAAGCGAGACAGAAGAGCGACUCGAAGUUGCUUGCGAACAGAUUUCGUCAGUAUUAUCACGUAUCAAGGAGCUUCCUCGCGGUGGGCAUGAAGAAGAGAAUGUUUAUAGUUGUCCUUCUGAUUCACUGAUUAUACCUGAAGUAGAAGAUGCAGAUGGAAUCGUUCACACGUUUACGAUUGGGACCCACCAUCAUGAUUCUAUUGCUCUGGGAAAGCUGAAGGAGAGAAGAGCUAGAGAUGGGUUUGAACUAUCCAGAAAACGAAGGCAUUGCUUGGAGCCUUGUUGUGGGCAGUUUGGACACGAUGCAUCAGAAUGUCCAGUAAUGGGUGGUGAUCAUCUGAAUGGCAGAGAACUCGGUUACUUAUAGUGGUGGAUUCUUGAAUUACUACUCUUGAUUGUUCUUGUUGAUUCUCACCUCCUAACUUUAAAUUUUCAGGGGGACUCCCACCUUACCGAGUGAGUUUCUUUUUGAUCCGAAUAGUAGAGGUUUCUUCUUGCUGAUUUGUCUUAAAGACUGAUAGUGAAAUUCUCUAAUGUUUGGCCCCUUUCCCUCCAUAGCAAAGUUCUUAAGGUGUAACUGAAAUUUUGACGCUGAAAUGUAUAUGGCCAUUGAAGUAUCUUACCAUCCUCAUCUGAAGUACACAUCCUUGAGAUCUUGAUGCUUUUAUCUUUGUACUUCAUAUCAUGACCUCUUGUUUUGCGGCAACAGAAAUGUUUACAAAGCUACAUUGCUACAGUAUACCUUAUCGGUCUGCUGAAUCGUCUGCCAAAGAUACCUUGCUUAGCCUACCUGGCAACGUCCUGGCAAUAUUGUUGGCAAAUUUUCUCCCCUUCACCCUGUGAUUAUGUGAUCGAAAGAGCGCUCUCUGGGCCUCCUCCUGAUCUCCAGCAUAGCCUGUGUCGGAAGAAGACAUUUUCUAUCAACCACAGAGAAGGUGGACUGAAGGUUAUCGGGAUUUGCUGAUAAAAAGGUUUCUUCUGAUAAAGCCCCCUGCGGCCUGCCUUCCCUGAGAGAAAGGAAUCUGUGGACUUUAAGCAACCUUUGCUCCAAGCAAUUCUGCAGUUCCCCCUCUUCCCUUGCCUUUUUUCCAUGGAUGGGUUUUGCAUCUGUGGCCAAGUCCCCCUUCUUCCUCCUCUUCUUAUGGAGCUUUGAGCUUUGAGUUGAAAACUGUUGGCAGCCAUGGCUGAAGGAAGAAGAGCAGUCACCCAUGAAGAUCUCGCGCCGUCCCCAGGAAGCACGGAUUUGGGCAGCAGAACUGCCAUAUCCCUCGUGCUCCUCACGGUCCUCUGUGGACUCCUCUGCUUCGCUCUCUGUCUCAUUGCUGAAGCCUCCCGUUCUCAGGAUACAUGGGAUGAUCACCUGUGCGUGUAUAGUGGUAGUGGAGAGACGCCGUUGAUGUGUGGUGCUAUUGCGUUCAUCGGACUCGCGGUGGCCAUGGUAGUGGAGCACACUUACCUGUUGUUCGCAGCGAGCAAAGCCCCGCCGCCGGCUCUGCUCGCUUGGGACCCUAACUAUGGCCCUUCCAAGGAUGUUACAUGGCAGGCUGGUGCCUUUUUCAUCAGCACUUGGGUAUGCUUCGCGGUGGCGGAAAUCCUGUUGCUGAUCGGACUGAGCGUGGAAUCGGGUCACCUGAAGAACUGGGCUACCCCAAAACAGAGCUGCCUGGUGAUCAGGGAAGGAGUGUUUGCCGCGGCCGGAGUGUUCUCCCUCUUCACCGUGCUCCUAGCCGGCGGGCUGUACCUAACUGCCUUUCGCGCGCAAAGAAUAUCCCAAGACCACGAAACCGCGCGGCGGCAGAUAAUAGACGUCUCGGUGCUCUACGCUUCCCCGCCGCGCUCGCCACCACGGGCGAGGGAGCAUAUCCAGGCGGCCGAGAGGGAAGACCCUAUUCGCAGGCAAGACCAGGCUGACCAUCUGUCCAUCGCAUUGCCGCCGGCUUUGGUCAAGCAAUUGAGUUUCGUAUAAUAAAUGAAAUAAGAGAAGGAAAACAGUUUUCUUCCGUAACAAGAAUGUUGAGCCAUGUCACUUGUAAGGCAGAAAAGGGUUACCUUACAGAGAAAUGCACAUACUGAUACUAUGCACUGUACACAUCAAUUUUUUUUUUUUUUUUUUUGGGGUGGAGGAAAGCAACUUUUGCUUCUCGAGUUUGUCACAUAUGACCAAUCCAAUG